AUGCUAACUAGAAUCAUCUUCCUCAUCGCGGUCGCGACUUCUUUCCUCGUCGUCCUUCUACUCGCUUUAUUCUCACCCGUUCCGAACUAUGACCCGCCGGAAUCUCUCUUCUCCUUCUCCCUCUAUGUUCAACAAACACACAUCCCAUCCUCCUACUCCUCUCGUCAGUCCACUCAACGCAUGGCCCGAUCCCACCACCACAGAGGAGGAGGAGGAGCAUUGAUUUUCCGGCGUACACUCACCGAAGGACCCGAGAACAAUUCUCGGGUCGUUGGCAAAGCCGAGGGAUUCAUAAUCCCUCAUGAAGACUUUGCCAACUCAGAUUUUAACGUGAUAUAUUUGACGUUAGAGACACCCGAGUACACGGGAAGUGUGAGCAUUAGAAGCAGAGACAUGGCACAUAAAUUGGAAGAGGUUAUGGAGGUUGUAGGAGGGACAGGAGCUUUUGCUUUUGCUCGUGGAAUUGCCAUGUUUUCAGAGAUUGAUGAUGAUCACGAAGAAGCUAUAACCACUUACCGUGUUAAGCUUCUGCUUAGAUUUCCACAUACUUCUCACCUAGAUCCACAAUGA